AUGGCAAGGGUAAAACAAGUGACUACCAAACCUCGAAAAUUCAUGGGUGAUGUCAUGAAAGCUGCUGCUAAUUCCGAAAAGGAGAGAGAAGAAGGAACUGAAGUUGAGAACAGUAAUGACGAAACAGAGACAGUGGUAGAACGAGCAAGAAAAAGAAAGGGAAAGGGCAUUGCUGGGUCAGAGCCUUCUGCGAAAAAGAAGAAAAUGGAAAAGGCCCCUGCUUCGAAACCUCUUGUGCAACAAAAUAUUUUCGAACCAAGGUACAUUAAAUGGGAUUCAUUUUCUGACUUGCCUUAUGAAUUUGAAGAUUUAUUUACUUUUCAAGGCUGGAUGGAAUUCUCUGAGUUGGAUGAAUAUUAUUAUCCUUAUUUGAUUCAAGAAAUUUAUGGAAGUAUGAAAGAAGUUGUUAAAGGAGAAAGUUUUAGUGUGAGAGUUAAGAAGAAAAGUCAGAUUGUUGAUGUUGAAUUCUUAGCCUCUGUUUUAAACCUAAUAAAUGAUGGAAAUAGGAUUGGAACCUUCAAAGAUUCUAGGAAGCUUGAAGGAUAUGAUGAGAAGGCAUUUCAAUUAUCAAUUUUUCUGGAGGGUACACCUGAAAAUGAAAUGACCAACAUCAGUUUAGUGCCUCAAAAUUUUAGGAUUCUACAAUCCUUCAUUCGAUAUUUGCUCAAUCCUAGAAGUGGUAGUCACUCAUAUGCAAAUAGCCUUGAUUUAUGCAUUAUGUGGCACUUGGUUAACAAAAUCAGAUUUAAUUUGCCAUUUUUUAUUUUUAAAGUAAUUGCUGAGUCUAGUAAGCAUAGAAGGUUGCCAUAUGCUAUGCCUUUGACUCUUAUAUUUCAAGCUAUGGGAGUUGAUUUGAGCAAAGAAAAGAAGUUUUGCAAUCCUAUCCCCAUUAAGGAGAUAUUCAAGGCUGAUGAUGGUAGGAAAAGGAGUAAGAAAGAAGACAAAAUGCAAGAAGAAGAGACUGAGAUUGAGAUUGAAUCUGAAUCAGAAUCAAAUUCUAAAACAGAAUCGGACAUCCCACUAAGCAAGUUGAAAGAGAGAAUUUCUAAGAUAGAUGAAGGGGAAAGCUCUAAGAAGAAAGAGAAAAUGAAGCUGAAAAUGUCAGAUUUUGUGAAAAUCAGUAAAGCAAAUCUGGACAUGAUAAAGGAAAUCAAAGAAAUGAGUGGACUAACCUUGAGUAUUUUAGAAAAAUCUCAUGAAUUGCAGAAGGGAAUUAUGGCUGAGCACAAUGCAAAGAUGGAUAUGUUGAUUAAUAGAUUGGAUAGACAAGAGUGGUUCAUGAAGAAGAUGGCUCAAAUGUUGUUUGGUGAAUCUUUUGGAAAGUUUGGAGAUUUUGGAAGCUACCCACAGGGUACUGCUGGUCCUAGCAAUGCAAAGGCUGCUGGACCAAGUGGAGUAAAAAUUUCUGAAGUGGAAAAAGAAGCAGAGGAGCAUGUAGAAGCUUCUGAAAAGGUACAAGAAGAAAAUAAGCUAGCUGAGGUUGAAGAAGUAGAGAAAAAUGGUGAGAAGGAAAAAUCUGCAGAAGUGGCAUCAAAAGCAGAACAAGAACCUGCCAAAGAGACAUCAAGAGAAUCCUCCUCAUCUCAUACUACAAGCAACAGCAGCAGUGACAAUGGAGAAAGUGAAGGCAGAAAUGGUUCAAGACAAGAAGAGGAGAAGGAAGAGCAGUCACAAGACCCAUCCUCUAAACAACCAAACAUUGUUCCUACUACCUCUCAACCAGUACCUGAAUCAACCAUCUCUUUACCCAUGCAAUACAGACCUAGAAGAACCAAAACACAAGCCAGAAAAUCAGUUCUACCCAUUACUCCAAACAUCCAAGUACCCAUACCUGAAAAAGAACCCCCAAAGAAGAAGCAACAAGCCAAACUUGUUGAUCCCACUCACCUUAGGAGAAGUGGCAGAAUUCUUAGCAGCAAAGAAAAAUCUUGA